CUCUUGCAGAGGCGACAAACAUAACAAGACAUCACACCCACUAUUUAAUAUCUUCAUCCAAAUCCACCAUUAACUCAACGGUUCUUCAUCACUUCUCUCCAAACAUCAAUGUUUGUUUGUUGAGUUCUCUUUUCAUGGAUCAGUUUUUCACUCAAUUGUUUGACAACUCUCAACUGCCACCUGGGUUCAAGUUCCACCCUACCGAUGAAGAACUCAUCUCAUGCUACCUCCUCCGGAAAGUUCUCGACGGAUCCUUCACCUGCCGGGCCGUUGCCGACGUUGAUCUCAACAAAUGCGAACCAUGGGAACUUCCUCAAAGGGCGAAAAUGGCGGGAAAAGAGUGGUAUUUUUUCAGUAUGCGUGACCGGAAGUACCCAACAGGACUGAGAACAAACCGGGCGACAGCCGGCGGUUACUGGAAAGCAACCGGAAAAGAUAAGGAGGUUUAUAGUUCAAAGACUUCAUGUUUAGUGGGGAUGAAGAAAACCCUAGUGUUUUAUCGAGGUAGGGCUCCUAAAGGAGAGAAAACCAACUGGGUUAUGCAUGAAUAUCGCCUUGAAGGCAAAUUUGCUUACCAUUUUCUCUCCAAAACCUCCAAGGAUGAAUGGGUGCUCUGUCGAGUAUUUCAGAAGAGUAGCUCAGGCGGGAACCAUCGUUCAGGGACGAAACGUGUAUCCAACUCCUACCAAGAAGUCAACUCUUCGACGUCGUUUUCCCUCCCACCGCUUCUCGAACCGUCGUACACCUCCGCCACAUCAGCAUACGCCGGUGACUCCUACGACAGCAACGCUGCCUCAAAAGAGCACGUGCCCUGUUUCUCCACUGCCUCAAUCUCCCAAUCUAUUUUGGACCUUCCCCCGCUGCCUAUCUCAGCCUCCACAUUCGCCAGCGCCGCCGUGAACGUGGGCGUCGCAGCCUUCCCUCAGCCACCGGUUCUUGAAGACGGUGCAAUGUUCAACGAUGGGAACAUGUUCGGCGGGAACUGGACGCCGGCAGAAGAGAUUCAGAAGCCAGGGCCCACUGAGUUGGAUUGCAUCUGGAGCUUCUAAUCGGAAAUCUAUGAUAGUAGCAUGAAUAUAUUAUUUAUUAUGCAUUUAUGUGUUGUAUGUUGUAUGAGAUUUUAGGCUUGUAGGAUGUUGAUGGAUGAUCUAUAUUUUAGUGUACCUUUUGUUUCAAGCAUUAUGGUUUAUUGUUACGAAAUGGGAACCUGGGAUAAAGGGUGUUUGUGUAAUUAAGUUGGGUAUUCGUAUUUGUUUUGAUAAGAUGGGUUUGUUACUGGCCAGACAGUAU